AUGGACAAGAAGACCAAGAGGAGAGAUGGCUCUGGCUCUGGCUCUGGUUUGAAUAUGCUCCGGCAGUUGCAAGAAAACAAGCUUAGAGAGGCUCUUGAUGCAGCAUCUGAAGAUGGGUCUCUUGCAAAAUCUCAAGAAAUUGAUGCUGAGUCAUCUCCAGGUCAAGAAAAAACAACCAUCGGGAGGUCAAGAUCUCUUGCUAGGCUUCAUGCCCAGAAGGAAUUCUUGCGUGCCACUGCUCUUGCUGCGGAGAGAAUCUUUUGCACCGAGGACUCAAUCCCUGACCUUCACGUUGCAUUUUCCAAGUUUCUCACUAUGUAUCCAAAGUUUCAAUCAACAGAGAAGAUUGAUCACUUGAGACAAGAUGAGUAUGAGCAAUUAUCUGAGUCUUUCUCGAAGGUAUGUCUUGAUUACUGUGGCUUUGGGCUGUUUUCUUAUCUUCAAACUCAGCAGUAUUGGGAAUCAUCCGCAUUUACUUUACAUGAAAUAACUGCAAAUUUGAGUAAUCAUGCUCUUUAUGGAGGUGCUGAGAAGGGUACUGCAGAACAUGAUAUAAAGGCUAGGAUUAUGGAUUACUUGAACAUCCCUGAAAAUGAAUAUGGCCUUGUUUUUACUGUUAGUAGAGGUUCUGCAUUCAAAUUGCUUGCUGAGUCUUAUCCAUUCCAAACCAAUAAGAGGCUGUUGACCAUGUUUGAUCAUGAGAGCCAGUCUGUGAAUUGGAUGGCUCAAUGUGCUAAGGAGAAAGGGGCUAAGAUUUAUAGUGCCUGGUUUAAGUGGCCUACCUUAAAGCUGUGUUCUAGGGAACUGAGGAAGCAAAUUUCAAAUAAGAAGAAGAGGAAGAAGGAUUCUGCGACCGGGCUUUUUGUGUUUCCUGUUCAGUCUAGAGUUACCGGGGCCAAGUAUUCCUACCAGUGGAUGGCACUUGCUCAGCAAAAUAAUUGGCAUGUGUUGCUGGAUGCUGGGUCAUUAGGUCCUAAGGAUAUGGAUUCAUUAGGACUUUCCCUUUUCCGGCCAGACUUUAUUAUCACAUCAUUUUAUAGAGUCUUUGGGUCUGAUCCAACAGGAUUUGGAUGUCUUCUGAUCAAGAAGUCUGUUAUGGCAAGCUUGCAAAAUGAGAGUGGGCGUACUGGGUCUGGAAUGGUGAGGAUUCUUCCUGUUUUUCCUCAGUAUUUGGGGGAUUCUGUAGAUGGUCUUGAUGUUUUUGCUGGAAUGGAGGAUGAUGGUAUCAAUGGUAAUGAAGAAGCAGUGCCUGAAACACAUGGGGGGUUACAAAUGCCUGCCUUUUCAGGUGCGUUCACUUCUAACCAGGUCAUGAAUGUCUUUGAGACUGAGAUGGAACACGAUAACAGCUCAGACAGGGAUGGGGCCAGCACCAUAUUUGAGGAAGCUGAGAGCGUUUCAGUUGGGGAGGUCAUGAAAAGUCCAGUUUUCAGUGAGGAUGAGUCAUCGGACAAUUCAUACUGGAUUGAUUUGGGUCAGAGUCCAUUAGGGUCUGAUAGUUCUGAGCAAUUGACCAAACAAAAAUCAGGUUCGUCUUUACCACCAUCUUGGUUUUCUGGCAAGAGCAACAACAAGCAAUUCUCUCCGAAGCCAGCAACAAAAAUACACAAGAGCCCUAUUUAUGAUGACGCCAGGGUAAACCUCAGACUACAUGGAGAUCCUGUUUUGUCUUUUGAUGCAGCUGUAUUAUCAGUGUCUCAGGAGCUCGACUGUGUGAAGGGGAUCCCUGAAGAAGAACAGUUUGGUGAAACAGAAUAUGACAUGGGAAAUACGGAAAAAAAUGCUGAUUCGAGGCAUGUUGAAGACAAUUGUGAGAAAAUUAGAUUCAGGGAUGAGUUGGCUGAUUCUAAGUUGAGUUCUAUUGCGAAUGGUAUCAGACAUGAGAACCAGAGUUCUAGCCUUAGUACACUUGAGGGUGCCUCAGCCUCCAAUUUCAUCCAAGAAACAAAAGAAAGUGCAAUAAGGAGAGAGACAGAAGGGGAUUUUAGACUGUUGGGAAGAAGGGAAAGAGGUAGGUUUUUCUGUUUGGAAGAGGAUGAUCGAGUUGCUAGCAUGAGCCAUAGGGUUUCUUUUAGCAUGGAAGAGCACCGCAGAGAAAAUAUGAGUCACUUGGAGCCUGGAGAAAUUUCUUUAACUUCCCUAGGUGAUGACGAGUCAAUCAGUGAUGGAGAAUAUGGUGACGCAGAAGAGUGGGAAAGAAGAGAGCCUGAGAUAAUUUGCCGGUAUCUGGAUCAUGUCAACUUGCUUGGUCUCAACAAAACUACUCUCAGACUUCGUUACCUCAUAAACUGGCUUGUUACCUCGCUGCUUCAACUUCGGUUUCCCUCAUCAGAUGGAUUGGGAAUGUCUCUUGUACAGAUAUAUGGCCCUAAGAUCAAAUAUGAAAGGGGUGCUGCUGUAGCUUUUAAUUUGAGAGAGUUCAAUGGACAACUAAUUCAUCCAGAAGUUAUUCAGAAGCUGGCUGAGAAAAAUGGAAUCUCCCUAGGUGUUGGCAUCCUUAGCCAUGUAAGGAUAGUUGACAGUCCUAAACAGCACUGUGGGGGAUUUGAUCUUGAAGAGACAAAAUUGUGCAAGCCAAUGGCGAAUGCUCAACAAGACAGUAAAAAUGUGUUUUACCGAGUGGAAGUUGUUACUGCAUCACUUGGAUUUCUGACCAACUUCGAAGAUGUUUACAAGAUGUGGGCAUUUAUUGCUAGGUUUCUUAACCCAUCAUUUGCCGAAGAUGAUGGAUUAUCAACAGUUCCGGAGGAUUCAGAAAUGUAG